AUGGCUCCCGUCGCUACCACCACUACUGCCGACAUCGCUCCGGCGCCCGUCAAGCCCCAGACUCAGACUCAGGUGGCUGACCCGGGAAAGAGCCGCCUCAACGGGCCCAUGAAGUACAACGGCCUCCUCGACUCGUACAAGCACCACGAAGUGACGCCUGCGAUCGGGCGCGAGUUUGCGUCCGACCUUCAACUCUCGGCACUCCUCUCCUCUUCCAACGCCGACGAGCUUGUGCGCGACCUGGCGGUCCUCGUGUCUCGGCGCGGCGUCGUCUUCUUCCGCGGCCAGGACAUCUCGCCCGAUGACAUGAUGGUGCUCGCACGCCGCAUUGGCGAGCUCUCAGGCCGUCCCGCCGAGAGCAACAUGUGUAUCCACCCUGUGUCCGAGUACACUCCCGAGCUGGUACACACGCCCAAGACGCAGAUGAUUUCGGCCGAACGCCAGAACAAGGGCGGCGGUAUCCGGCGUAUUCAUGACGACCUGUCGCGCUGGGCCAGUGUUGCGUGGCACUCGGACGUGUCGUUUGAGAACGUCCCGUCCGACUACUCUAUGCUCAAGGUCAACAUCCUUCCUGAGGCUGGAGGCGACACUCUUUGGGUCGACGCCUACGGCGUGCUUGACCGCAUGAGUCCCUCUUUCGUCGAAUAUCUCGAGACUCUGACGGCCGAGCACAAUGCCGAAUUCUUCCAUCAAGAGGCUGAGAAUCUCGGACUCAAGGUCCGCGACGACAUUGAGCGCGGUAACCCCCUCAACAAGGGCAGCUCACUUAUUGCCCACCACCCCAUUAUCCGGACUAACCCUGUGACGGGUUGGAAGGCACUGUUCGUCAACCGCGGGUUCACGCACCGUAUCGACGACGUGACCAAAGACGAGUCGGACAUGAUCCUCAAUUACCUCAACCAGAUCUGCAUCCACAACAUGGACCUGCAGUGCCGCUUCCGGUGGGAGAAGGGGAGUGUCGCCCUCUGGGAUAACCGAUGCACGUGGCACUCGGCUACGUUCGAUUACAGUGAAGAGCGGAGGGGUGACCGCGCCAGCUCGCUCGGUGAGAAGCCGUACCUCGACCCAUCGUCCAUGCGCAAGAGCGAGGGCCUGCGCCAGGAGGGGAAUAAGUGGUAG